AUGUCAUUAUUAAAUUGUCAGCAUGGAUUAUCACGUGAGGAAUUUGGUUUGUGGGGAUAUGGAGAUUCAAAUGUUACGAUGAAUUUUGUUUCUUUAAAUAUUAAUGGGGUUUCGGAUCGGAGGAAGGCUAACUGGAUCCGUAAGUUGAAAAGUAUUGUCAAAGCCGAUUUCGUUGGAAUUCAGGAGACCCACCAGGCUAAUCUUUCGGAAAUUGAUAUUCGCUGCUUCUGGGAUAGAUCAAAUAUGUGUGCUGCUUCGGUUGAUUCCGUCGGUAGAUCGGGUGGUCUGCUGUCGAUUUGGAAUCCGGAUGUGUUCCAGGUGAAUCAGAUGGUUAAGAAUCAAAGGUUUCUCCUUCUCUCCGAUGUUUUGUCUGGGGUGGAUGCUAGGGUGCACGUGCUGAAUGUUCAUGCCCCAAAUGACCCUCGGAACAGGAGAUCUUUGUGGGCCGUUUUAUCGGAGCUCAUAGGCCAGUCUGGGGAGAUGUGGAUUCUCCUCGGCGAUUUUAACGAAGUCCGAUCCGAGGGUGAGAGAGUCAACUCUAUAUAUGAUCGUGGGGCUUCGGAUGCGUUUAACAGCUUUAUCGCUAACGCUGGCCUCUUCGAGUAUUCUAUGAUUGGAGAUUCGGAUAUUGUGGACAAUGUGGUAAGUCCCCCGUAUGGUGAUGAUGAUGCUAGCCUGUUGGACCUUGUUGGGUCUCUUAAAAAGCUGAAGUUAGAUAUAAAAAAAUGGAGAAAGUCCGCUAUUGAAGCAGAGAAUCAGGAACUUAAAGAUCUGGCUGAUUCGAUUGAGAAGAUUGAAAACAAAGCUAUUUCUUCUCAACUGUCCGAUGUAGAAAAAUGUAGCAGAAUUGAUCUUCGUAUAAAACUUGACAAAUUAGAAAGAAAAAAGGCCAGCGAUCUUCAGCAAAAAGCCCGCGCCAACUGGUUAAAGUUCGGGGACGAAAACAGUGCGUAUUUCCACAAUUCUGUCUCAGUAAACCUGCUCAGAAAUAGAAUCAAUGGCUUGAUGUUUAAUAACAGGUUCGUCUCGGAUCCGGUUGAGCUUCAGGAGGAAAUCAGGCUUUGGUUCAAAAAGCUUUUUUCGGAGCCUAUAAGGCGUCGCCCAGACUUCAGUGCCUUAGGGGUCUCGGUUAUCCCGGACCACUCUAAAUCUUCUUUGUGUGAUAGUUUCUCGGAGGAAGAAGUGUUUCUGGCCCUAAAAAACUGUGACGGUGGCAAGGCUCCGGGCCCGGAUGGCUUUACCCUAUAA